GCACUCGAAUGUCGAGGAGACGGCUGUGUAUCUGUUCAGUGGAGUUGGAAAAGAAUCGAAAAGACUUCUGGAAGGACAAAACGUGCCGCUUGUCGUGACUCGGAACCGCAACAGUUAUGAAAUUUUGCAAAGACUUAAAGGAGACUAGCAGGCAGCUGUAUGGCGUAAGACAAAGGGGGUUAUGUAAGGUUACGCGGCCGCUUUUGCGUCCGUGUAGCACGCACGCACGCACGCACGCACUCGUCAUAAAGUUCCCAAAUGCAGCCAAUGAACGAGCAACAAAUGUGCAAAUUUUCGAAGCGCCAUUGAAGAUGACGGCGAUUGAGAGCUUUAUAGGAAGCUCGCUCGCUCGCUGAGUUUAUUUCGGCUCGUUCUGUUCAGUGGAUUCGCCUGCUCGCACCUCUUCACGCGGCUCCAGCUCCAGCAACAGCACCAUCAGGUCCGUACGCUCCCUCCCUUCCUAGUCAUCCUCGAAAGAAGAUGAACUUCUCCAAGCUGCUGUGCUUGGUGCUCGUGUACAGCGAGCAAUUUGGGCAAGUGCUGGCGGCGGAGACACCAGUAUGCAAGGGCGACUCUACUGCUGGCAAAACUGUGCAGUGCAGGGGCAAGAAGGGCGGAGCGGUCAAAUUGAAAAUCAAAGCCUCCGUUGAUGCCGCUAAUUCGAAUGUCGAGUGGCAUAAAGACGGUUCCGCACUUACUAUUGACGGCAACAAGUUGGUGAAGAGUGGUGGGAAAGACGAGGAACUGACGAUCAAUACCCUGGCAGAAACCGACAAGGGAGAGUACAAAGCCACAAAGAUAUCACCAGAGGAAAAGUUCGAGGUCCAAGUGGUGGACUGCUUGGGUGGCAUAACCACACCCGCCCUGUGCCAGGGCAAGCCGGGUGGCAGCAUCGAAUUGGGGCUCUCAGGCCAAACUGGCACCACAUUCUCCUGGAAGAAGGGCACGGACACGAACGCGAUUACGGCCGAUAAAAAGAAGUACGGUCCAGUCACCGAGGCUAUCCUGGAGGUCAAGAACCUGGACGACGAAGGCGACGAUGUAGAGUUCACGGGCGGCCCCACCGGCUCAGAAAAUGAAAAGUUUUCCGUCCAAGUGGCCGACUGCUUUGGCGCCACGGGAACCGUGGAGUGCCCCGGCAAGCUGGGAGAAAAACUCAAAUUGAGAAUCUCAGACACAGUUACUGGUACUGUCACCUGGGAGAAAGUGGGCGGAGACCUCCCCGUAGGCAACCAGAAAGUAGGAGCCAAAGACGUAGGUCUGAAACUCGAGGCCCUGAAAGCAGCCGACGUGGGAACCUACAAGGCCACCUACGACACCAGCAACACUGUGCUCUUUGCUGUCAGCGUUCCGGAUGAGUCAGGAACCAGUGAGGGCAAAAAGCCAACUGAGAAGCCCAAGGAAGGCAGCGGCGUCGGCGGCCUGUCCUACUCACCUGCUCUGCUGGUGACGGUCACCCUGGUGCAUCUGCUGCUUCAGCUGGCCGCCUAGAAGACAGCAGCAAGCUGAAGGUGGAGGCAGAAAAAGCCGGCCGGCCAGCCAGCCAGCCCACCAGCCAUUGAUUGGUCUCUGCAUGCAUCCUACUACCAUUGAUUUGCCACCAUAGGCGCAUUUAGUCGUUGAUUAAGCUUACAUUUGCCACUGUAGGCGCAUUUAGUUAGGUAAGUUUUGGCGCAUUUAGUCAUUGAUUAAGCUCAUGGAGUUAGAUUUGCUUUUCCUUUGAUUGUUUGAACUCAAUGCUGCUCGAUUGUUCUCUUUUUUUCCCCUAUAUUCAAUAAAGUCAUCAAUCUUU